AUGAGCCACGAAGCUUCCGUCGCACAGUCUCCAUGGUUGAUGCCCAUAGCUGCAGCACCGCAAGCAGCAUCUGUGGCACAGGAUGGUGAGCCAUCAACACUCAUGGCAUAUGCCUGUGUGACUUGUACGAGACGCAAGGUGAAAUGUGAUCGCUCGUCUCCAUGUUCAACAUGUCGGAAAGCUCGRGUGGAGUGCCACUACCAGGAACCCCCUCGGAGGAAGCGCAAACGCAAGCCAGUCGAGGAUUUACAAGACAAAUUAGACCGCUACGAGAAGUUGUUGAUACAACAUGGCAUCUUACCUAAUGAUUCGCCUGUUGCCGAUACUACCACGCCGACUGGAAACGCUCCAAGUACGAUUUCAAGUCCAAAGGACGUGCAGCCUGCAGUCACCAAAUCAACUGGAACACUGAUCAGGGGACCCGGAAAGACUCGCUAUGUAGACUCGAACAUAUGGCGCAACCUGGGUGAGGAUCUCCAUCCUUCAUCUGACGAGGACGAUAGAGACGACGAGAUAUCGUAUGGUGCCGCGGCCAAGCCAGACCUUCAAGAUCCGGCCUCCUUUGCAUUCUUUGGAGCAUCGACCCCCAAGCAGGAUCUGCUUAAUCUUCAUCCAACAUAUGACAUAGCAAUCAAGCUGUGGAAGCUCUACGUCCGUAACGCGGACCCAGUCGUUAGAAUCAUACAUCUCCCUACAGGCUUGGAAAUGGUGCAACGAGCAGCAGCGAAUCCAAGUGCCAUGUCAAAGGUCACCGAAGCACUACUGUUCGCCAUCUGUUUCUUUGCAACCAUAUCGACACCCGAGGAUGAGUUUGAACGGGAGUUCCGUCAGCCCUCGCAAUCUCAAGCCUAUCUUCAGGAUAGAUAUCAUCUCGCGACUCGUCAAGCUUUGGUCGCUUGCCAGUUCAUGAAGACGACGGAACUGGCUGUCCUGCAGGCGUAUGUUAUAUUUUUGCUGGCCGUAAGACCUCGAUACGACCCUCACACGUUCUGGAUUCAGACAGGCAUAGCGGUACGCUUAGGACAGCGUAUGGGGCUGCAUCGGGAUGGAGAGGCUCUGGGUCUGAAUCCUUUCGACGUCGAGCUGCGAAGGCGACUCUUUUGGCAGCUACUUCCCCUUGACGGAAUCGCUGGGCAGCUCUCUGGCACUGGAAUCGCUAUCAAACCCGAUGAUUGGGAUACCAAACAGCCCUUGAACAUCGAGGACGAAGACAUAUGGCAGGGAAUGGAGUCCCAACCGGUGGAGAGGAAGGGUGCUACCGCGAUGAUAUUCUGUCUUGCACGAACCGAGAUUGGCAAAUUCCACCAGAAGCUCCGCCCGGCAGUAGGAAAUUGGGCGCAGCUCUGGGAGCCGGGCCAGGCGGCUGAGCUGCCAUCCAUACUAGAGGCGCUCGAAGAACUCGAGACGACGAUGGAGGAGAAGUACAUCCGCUAUUGCGACAUCUCGAUCCCGGCCCAUUGUCUGACGUUAACCAUGGCAAGAGGCGUACUGCAUGCAGCAAGACUGCGCAUUGCCCUGCCUCGAGCAAAGCUGCCUGGGACUACGCCGGCGGAAAGAAAAGACCUCUGCGGAAAGGCAAUCAAGGCGCUGAAUGCGGAUGCGGCCGUCGCCUCGAACCCAAACUUGUCCUGCUUCAGAUGGCAUUUCAAGUCUUUCUUCAUGUGGGACCCCUUGAUAUGGCUGCUGAACGAGAUCCAGAGAGACGACACCAUCGUAGAUGUCGAAGAGGUAUGGGCAAAGACCGAGCAGUGUUACAGCACACAUCCCGAGCUGCUCGAUUGGAAGAGGCCCUUUGACAUCGCACUCGCCAGGAUUAUAGUCCGGUCUUGGGAUGCUACUCACUCUGCUGACGAUGUCGAGCUGCCCCUCAUAGCGACUCUCCGUGCUGCUUUUCGAAGACGAGAAGCUGCACGCCAGCCUGCGCAGCCUCCAGCCGAGUCACAAUCCAAUUUAGCAUUCUCUGCGUACCUCCCCAUGGAACAUGUGUACACCAGUUAUGGCAUGCUCGACGACAUCAACAUCGACUGGGACCAGCUGAUGCAACCGCAACCUCUUCCGAUACAAUAG